UGAAAUUCUAACGCGUUUUCAAAUCAUGAAAAUUUAGAAUGAACAAUGCACCGCUGAAAACAUCUCUUUGUUAUAACUUCCAGCAUUAUUUCUUGGCACAUGCAGUUGGAUAUAAAUAAAAACGACACACAUCUUAUUUUCUCCUGAAAAUACAUGACGAUAUGGUCACAUAAGCAAUUUAAGUCUACGGCACCUUAGCUUGUCAUUGUUUUACUUCUAAAUUAGACAAGAGCCCCGGGGGAAGGCUCUCGCGCACGCACAUCAAUCAACGUGUGUCCUUUGCACUGCUAGUCUUACCUAUUAGUUACCGGGCUUGUUAAAAUCUGGCUGAUAGUGUUAAGAGAUUAGAUAACCAAGAAAUCAUGGAUUAACUCGUUAUCUUUUCAACAAUCAAUCUUUGGUUAAUUAAGUGAUGUGGUUAAUUGACUUUUGAAGAGGUGUGUGAAAGAGAAAACCAAGGUUUAAUAAUGGCGUCUUAUGACGGCCGUUUCAAUCAGGAUCCGGAAUACACAAACAUCACAAUUCCAGACAUCCUAAACAGCGGGUCCGACAAAGAAGAGGAAUACGAAAAUGUGGUUCUGCGACCGAAGAUACCGAGCAGCGAAGAUGAGGUCUUUGAGGAAGAGAUUUCAAUUAACUCUAGUCCGCAUGCUUCGCCGAGAAAACGAAGAUCCGGUGUAAUCAAUAGCACCGAGAAACUCAACAAAAUUGGAACAACUGACGACGACAACGAAAAAGCUAACGCCAAGUUUUCGCUUUCGUCAUCGUCUGAUUCGUCACAAGAAUCGGACAAUAAGGCCGAGGAGAAAGAAACGAUAGACGAACUAGACGAAUCGAUGGAAAUGGAGGAUAAAAUAUCCAAUCUUUUUCCGAAGCCAAACUCCUUAGGUGUUAUUUACGACGAAACUAGGCCGCGUAGAUGUCAUCCAAGACAGAAGGCAUCUGACGUCAUUUAUGACGAAACAAAACCAAAAAGAAAAGUCAGUUUCGACACAGCAAUGCCAACACUCAGACAAAACAAAAAUGAUAAUCUUCCCAUCCGAAAAAUUAGCUUAGACACAGGACUUGAUAUGAAUAACAUUCGAAGAAUCAACAUCGAUUCAGGGUACGGGAAGAAACUAAAAAAGCAGUCUUCAAAUCCGGAAGCGAAAACUGACCAUACAAUCCGAAAAAUCAGUUUUGAUGAAGAGUCAGGCACGCUUCAUAUUCGUCAGAUAAGCAAUGAAGAUGACGAAGAUUCGCCUCCAGUGAUGUUCGAAACAUCGAGCGAUACUCCCUGUGUCACGCCAAGGAAAGUGAGUUUCGAAGGAGAUCAUUCGGACAUCGGCUACAUAAACCGUGGCUUCGACAAUGACACCUACCUAGACAAUGUUACGUUUCAAGUGCAGCGAGUUUACCCAGAUAUUCAAGAAAAAGACCUUAAUGGGUUUAACAAGAGGGCUAACGGAAAUGGCGACGCCAGUGGUGAAUUCAAUGGAUACGAAACAAAAGGGAUCUUAAAGGGAGGAAAAUCGAGACAGGUUAACAUAGCUGGAAAUUCUGAAAAUCCUGAAGAUAAAAACUCGCAUUUGGCAGAGCAUCUUAGGAAAGACUCUAUUGCUCUGACAAGUGAAAAACUUGGACAAAUUCUUGAUCUUCAAAAACAUUAUUCCCAACAGCAUAUAAGGACAAAAAGGUUUGGAAAACAACGGGAGAUCCUGAAGAAAUAUAAACUGCAUCUGGGAGUGGCGGCACUAUUUGUAUUCAUCAUAAUAUUAGUUAGCGUUGGUUGGCAUUUUCAUCACAUAGCAAACAAAGAAAAGAUGAUCAGCCAAAGAAUAUUCUUUGAAGCCAAUUCGAAACGACUUACCCUCUCUGACCCAAAUGGACGCGACCAAAUGUACGGAACCCUGGGACACCAAAUACCAUCAUGGAAGAAACCGACCCACUGUUUGGGCGAAGAAGAGUCGCAAGAAUUUCAAUGCUUGCGAUGGAAAGACAGUGCUAUUUUGAGAAUAAGUUACUUUACGGCUCCUGGAGUAAAAUGCUACAAUAUUUCCUGGGAAUCGCUCACGCCAGAGUUAUAUCCCUUGGACUGCUUUUCUAUCGGUAGUCAAGCUUGGUUUGGCCCUUCCAACAACACUCACCCGGAAUGGCCCAUCACUCAGAAAACGGAUUUCAUUUUUUCAGCCUCCUAUUCUCAAAACUUCGAUGCAGGGACCUUUAAUUCAGCCGUAGAAAACUACUGGUUAUCGGAAAAUGGAAACGGCAUUUUGGUUAGCGAUGAUAUUCCACUAGUGAUGCAUUGGAAUACGAUGAUUAAAGAUUCUUGGUGCAUUACUUCAAAUUACACUGGCGAUUUCUAUGGAUUUAAGGCAAACAUACAUAAAAAGCGCUUCUUAAACUACACGAUCUGCAACGGAAAUGAUCCCAAAGUCGCGCAUGGGUACUUCAGAACUCAUUUGGAAACCGGACCCGAGAGUCUACCAGAAAAAUUCCUUUACACCAGCCCUCUAUGGUCAACAAAAGGAGGCAGGGAUUCCAGUGAAGUCGCACAGAGUGAUGUCUUAAACAUUGCUAAUGCUAUCAAGAAAAACAACAUGUCAUGUGGUUCUAUCGUCAUAGAUGGGAAAUGGGAAGAUAUUCAGGGCGAUUUCCAAUUCGACGAGGAGAGGUUUCCAAAUAUUUCAACCCUCCUGGCCACAGUCAUGUCGACGGCAAACUGUUCACUGACGGUGUCGUUCAACCCUUACUUUGAUUACAAGUCGGAGAGCUUUACGGACGGACACCCGAAAGAACAUUUCAUCCUUGACGCAAGUGGAAUAGUUCCCGCUCUUGUGCAGUGGAAUGAUGACGUCAUGGCAAUGUUGGACGUUACCAACCCGUCCGCUAGGUCGUGGAUCACUGGGAAGAUGAUGACACUGACUGAUAGGUACAAGAUCCAGUCUUUCAAAAUGACGUACGGUAAACCUACAUGGCUUCCAUUCCAUCCGACAUUUUAUAAACGGGACAUAACUCCCAAUAAACUUAAGAAAGAUUUUACAGACAUGUUGGUAUCCUUCCACGAACUUAAUGCAGAUAUAAUUGAAGGAACUUCGCACACCCAAAGCCUUCCUUACUUUGUUUCAGUUCCAACGAAAGUGAAAGAUACAGAGGGAGGGUUGUGUCUAACUGGCACAAUCCCGAUUGCACUGGCGCUAGGACUUAUGGGAUAUCCGUAUGUCAUGGCGGAUGGCAUCGACUACUAUAAGUUUGACCCUGACGACAAGACUUACGAACUUCUUCCAAGGAACCUCUACGUCCGAUGGAUACAAAUGGCUGCGUUUUUCCCAGGAAUGAAAUAUUCGAUACCUCCUUGGAAAUACGACAAAGAUAUCAUCAAAUUUGCAAAGAGAGCCGGUCUUAUGCAUCAGAAAUACGUCGCUCCAGCCAUCGAAUCCAUGAUGAGUGAAAUCAAAGCGGGGGAACCCAUUAUCCGACCAAUCUGGUGGAUGGAUCCAGAUGACGAGAUAGCAAGAAGUGUUGGCGAUUCUUUUUUGAUCGGAGAUGAGUAUAUGGCGGCGCCCAUUCUCUGCGAAGGUAAAACCUCGAGGCAGAUCUAUUUCCCGGAAGGCAUCUGGAGAAACGUUCAGACCAAUCAGUUGAUUGUUGGUAAGAAAUGGAUCGCGUAUCCUAUCAGCAUGACAACGUUUCCGUUCUUCAAGCGAACCAAAGUGUAUGAAGGAACGUAAAAUAUUGUAGACCGAGUACUUAGAGAAGGAAACUUAACUUUGUAUAUGGUUGUGUCAUUUGUGUAAAUGAAAUAGUCUAACGUAUAUUUCAGUGCAUUUUGUCCAUGUGUUUAACUUGUUGUAAAUUUCAACAGUCAUUGUAAGUAUAGAAUAACGUUCAAUCAUGUAGAUAAAACGUAUGUAAAUAAUGAAUACAGAUAUAGUAUUCAACGCUUACACGAUCGAUAGGAGAAAGGGCAUUAGUUAUGCAUCUACAUAUUAGGUACUGACGGGUUUUGAAAUGAGAUGUAAUAAUGUAGACAUGGUAUUUUCUAUAUUUUAAAAUACAGUUUACAUAAAUUUGUUGACCAGCAAAUUGUUGAUUUACCAGUGUAUUAACAUUAUGAGCAUAUCAUCGAAUGAUAUUUAAUCGGACGAUUUUAGAGAUUUGUUUAUUUUUACACGUGUGUUAGUCGACCGUCGAUGUUUAUUAAGUUUACAAAUUUUUAAAAGCUUUAUACAGUUAUGAUUAUAGUUAUUGUUUCAGUGCUUUGUGAUUAACUUGAUUUAAAUUUUACUGAUGUUUAUUCUAAUAUAAAUGUUAAUUACAAAAUA